AAGAGAAGAAGCACCACAAUCUGAACUCACUUCGAAUUCUGGCCUUGCGAUUCUCUAUAUAACCAAUACUCGAUUUUUAUUCUGCCGUAAACGAUGGCUUCGUCGUCAACUCAGAUCGUCAGGCUGGAGCGGCCGUCAUUGCAUUCACAUUCCCUCUUGACAUCUUUUCCAGCUCUUCCUUAUCCUCCCGAGACUUGGGUCUGCAAGGAGGUUCAAGAUGUCGAUGACUUUUUUGCACGGAAUGGCUUUGACAACCACGCGAAAGAAGCCUGUCACGUAUUUGCCCAGGCGACUUAUCCAGACAUAGAGAUAACACCGGUGAGGCCACAGGGAUAUUGUUCAUACACCCUGGCCAUCUCGACGACUCAUUUGCUACAAUUCCGCUCCGACACGUAUCAGCUAGACCUCAAAGUCUGCGAAGAGGCAAGAAUGGUCUUCGGCAGCCUGGUACCUCGCGUCCAAUUCAUUGGCUACGUUCCAGACUGUCACACAGUAGAUGGCGAGCGAAGACUGCAUGUGUAUAUCCAGGAAAGAAUCCCCGGGGUGACGCUGAAAGAGUUCCACAAGAUGGAGAUGUUGAAUGAUGAGAGGCAGGGGCAAUGUCGAAGACACCUUGUUGGGGAUUUGGCUGAGAUGUUCGCCAUCGGCCUCCAUCAUGGACGCCCCGGAACUCACACAAGUGAAGAUGAAACCUUCAAGAAGGGCCACAUUGGAAGUUCGCUGCGGUGGCGUCUUAACCUCCUUAAAACCCUCUCCGAAAGCUUCCUCUUGGACACAGUAAGCGACGUCGCCUCUAGGAUCGACCAUAUAGAGGGUUUGCCCUGGUGCUUAACCCACGGCGAUCUCGUCCCUGCCAACAUCAUGGUCGAUCCCUCUACCGGGCGUUUAACAGGCUUAAUUGACUGGGCUGAAGGGGAAUGGCUGCCAUUUGGCGUUGGGUUGUAUGGCCUGGACGAAGUCCUCGGCUCUGAAGAUGCACAAACUGGAUUCCGGUUCUUUGAAGAACACGAACAAUUGAGGACGGUGUUCUGGAACAAGCUUCUUGAACUGACCGCAACAAGAGACGCGGAAUCGCCGUCGUGGGUUCAAGAUGCUGGGCUUGCACAAAAGCUGGGAAUUCUACUCUGGCGCGGCAUCGCCUUCGAGGAUGGACGGAUCGACCGAGUUGUCGAGACAGGCAGAGACGAUCUCGAACUACAGAAGUUGAGGUUGUUUCUUGAGGCAUCAAGCCAAUCAAGAGUAAUGAUAGACGAUCAGAAUUAGCAUAUCAAACCUCUUAUACCGUAUCGACUCAGUAAAUUAGCCCUGAAUCCUUCUCCCACUUAUUGCCUUCGGG